AUGCGGGACUUGAUGGAAAGGCUGCACACAGUCCGUGAGGAGCAGGAGACAGAGUUUUAUGAACCUGACAUUCAGAAUGAAGAUGAGAUGACGAUGUCUCAUGAGGCUGUUGUGUUUGAUUCACCCUCUGCUCUUGAACAGACUCUCAAAGAGGCUUAUUCCAUUCGAAAAGAGAUAUCAUUGCUCCAUUUUGAGGUGGAACGCCUGAGUUCCCACAAUCAACGCUUUGGCACAUCAGUACGCCGUCUUACUUUGCUGAAAAAAGACUCAGAAUCCAUUGCCAGGGGCAUUGUCCAAAGAGGGGAGGUUCUGUAUCACCGCAUACAGGCCCUGGGUAAGAAUAGCAGACAGCUACAGGAGAUGGAAGGUUCACACAGAGCGGUCAGUCGCAUUGCCAAAACCCAGUAUGACAUCCUCACACGUGCUUUCCAUACUGUCAUGAAUGAUUACAAUAAGGCAGAGAUGAUGCAGAGGAGUAUGUGCCGUGGUAGAAUUAAGAGGCAUGCUUCUAUCCUGGGGACAGAAAUCACAGACCUGCAGUUGGACGAUCUGGUGGACAAAGGAGGAGAGGGUUGGGCAGAGUUAUCCCAGAGUCUGCAAACUCAGGGGGGGCGCUCAUCCCGCUGGGCCCUGAAGGAGCUCCAGGGCAGGCACAAGGAGCUGCUUGAGCUUGAGUCCAGGCUGAAGCAGAUGCACGACCUCUUUUUGCAGAUGGCCAUCCUGGUGGAGGAGCAGGGCAGCAUGAUCAACAGCAUAGAAGCCAAUCUAUACUUGUGGAUUUUUUUAGAAGGCAAAACGUCCCGAGUUCACUCUCAGGUGGAGAAAGAUUGA